AAACAGCUCUGAUUAGAGUGUAGUUCAUCUCGUGAGCCAGCAAGCUGACGCUAUUAUCAUGCUGUCCAACACUGAUAAUCUAAACGAGUCAGCGAGCGAGCGGUCCCUGUUGCUAGAAAACAGCAUCGAUGACAAAUCGACCGAGACUCAGACGUACGACGAGCGACAGAAAGUACGAGUGCCGGGAGAACACUCGACUGGAUUUAGUCUUAGGAAAUUGUGGGCAUUCACUGGACCAGGAUUUCUUAUGAGUAUUGCCUACUUGGACCCUGGAAAUAUUGAGUCUGAUCUACAGGCAGGAGCGGUUGCUAGAUACAAUCUUCUCUGGGUGUUGCUUUGGUCUACUGUUGCGGGAUUAGUCUUGCAGUUGUUAGCGGCACGGUUGGGAGUAGUUACAGGGAAACAUUUGGCUGAAGUUUGCAGGGAAAAGUAUCCCAAAGUUCCUCGCUUGAUGUUGUGGGUUUUUAUGGAACUUGCAAUCAUCGGGAGUGACAUACAAGAAGUGAUUGGCUCAGCGGUGGCCAUACAGUUGCUUUCUAAUGGAAAGAUACCGUUAUGGGGAGGUGCUCUAAUGACCGGCAUUGAUACAUUCACAUUUCUUUUUCUUGAAAACUAUGGUCUAAGGAAACUGGAAGCCUUUUUUGCUGCUCUUAUUACAACCAUGUCUGUCACAUUUGGUUACAUGUAUAUAGCAAGUGGUCCUCCUCAAGACGAAGUUGUAAAGAGGGUCUUUAUUCCUGGCUGCACUAACUGCACGUCAGACGUUGCCGAACAAGCUGUUGGCAUCCUUGGAGCUGUGAUCAUGCCUCACAAUAUCUACCUUCAUUCAGCACUGGUUUUGUCGAGGGAAAUUAAUCGUGACAAAGAAAGUGCUGUCAAAGAAGGCAUUUUGUAUAACUCAAUUGAAUCUGCCAUUGCGUUGACAGUAUCCUUUGUGAUCAACUUAUUUGUAGUAUGUGUCUUUGCAAAGAUGUUUUAUCCAAACCCCAACAUUACUCUUGUGUCAGCGGGAAAUGAGCUGAAAAAUUAUGGUUGCCAUGUGGGCCAUCAUAAUUCAAGUAAUGCAUCCGUUAUGUCAAUGCUGGUAAGCAACUCUACGACUGCACCACCAUCUACACAUUGCUCUAGAAGUCCUUUUUGGAUUAUAUGGGGAAUUGGUUUACUGGCUGCUGGACAGAGUUCCACAAUGACUGGAACAUAUGCUGGUCAGUUUGUUAUGGAAGGCUUUCUUGGAAUUAAGUGGCCUCGUUGGAAACGUGUGCUGCUUACUCGAUCUAUUGCAAUGGUUCCAACAGUGUUGUGUGCUACGGUGUUUGCUUCUUAUCUGGAUAUUCUGGAUGAACUUUUAAAUGUAGAGCAAAGUUUGCUUUUGCCAUUUGCCCUGCUACCAAUUCUACAUCUGACAAAUUCUAGACGUGUAAUGGGUCAAUUUAAAAACAAAUGGUGGAUGACAGCUAUUGUUUGGUUUCUUGGGCUGGUUGUCAUGGGAGUAAAUGGAUAUUUGGUCAUCAGCCAAACAAGUGGGAGGAAAAUUUGGGAAGAUGCUUUAACAGGAAUUCUCUUUCCAGUGUAUGUUGUCAUUGUCAUGUAUUACUGUCUUGGUCCAAGCUUGGUUGCUCGAAUACAAGAUUGGAUAUGGGCUAACGUGGUAUGUCAUAUUAGAGCAUUGUGUUGUAAGAAAGAUGCUCAAGUUCAGUCUUUAUUUGACACUGAAAGCAAAGAUGGAGGGGAUAGUUGACUUUGAAAGUGUUGGGAAUGAGAGUGUCACUGUGAACACUGACAACUACAUGUGGAUUCUUAGUUUUUUGCUUGGAUAUGUUAGUGGUAAGGAGAUGUUGUGAGUUUUUGGCAGUUGGUAGCAGUGUUCACAAUACAGUUAUGUGAAUGCUGUGUUGUGUUGCAUAUGAGAGAACAUUUUAUGUUGGACUAGCCAAUCAUGAAUAACGUUUAUGUACUUUUGUAUUUCUUAGUAAUCCAAACCAGUGAUUUGGACACAUUUUGGACUUUACACUGAUAUAGCAUUAUUUUGACUGUUUGAGUAUUUAUAUGCUAUUACAUUACUAUCAUAUUCCUCAUCAGAUCA